CACAUAUGUGGCUGAAGUUCUUUCUACAGAUUCGCAGAAACGAAACGAUACGCGCUUGCGUUCUGACAAUGUUGCAUCGGCCACGAUUCUAUCCUGUUGAUCAGUCGCCUCUGUAAAACAGCGUCGUCAGAAUGUAUGAUGGAUCAUACGUCAAAGUUAAACUGAGAAACGUUCAUUACGACAACGACAUACAUUACACGCUGCAAAUGUGCAAAUGGCUGCCCAAAUUAGUCGGAGUGUGGCCUCUGGUCAACAGUCACACUAGAAGUAAACUAGAACAACCACUCUCCAUCAUUCUGAUAAGCACGUGCUUCUCCAGUAUACUUUUCAUCGUCUUACCAUCUUUUCAUCAUAUCUUCUUCGUGGAGAAAAAUACGUACAUGAAAGUGAAAUUGAUCAGCCCAUUUAGUUUCUGUGUCUCGUCUGUGAUCAAGUACUGCUACCUUGGUAAGAAGGGGCAUUUCUUCCAACAAUGUAUCCAGCAUAUGAGGCAAGACUGGAAAACGGUUCACGAGCCUAAUUACUGAACGAUCAUGUUGAAAUACGCGGCAAUCCGUAGGAAGUUCAUCACGGUAUGUGCGACUUUCUUAUACAGCAGUGGAAUAUCCUAUCACACGGCAAUGCAAUUUCUGUCUAAGGAGGGUGAAGAGAAAAAUAACACGUACAGACAACUAUCCUGGCUACGAUUUGUUCUUGGAUACUCAGUCUAGUCCUAUGUACGAAAUCGUGUUUUCUAUUCAUUGUAUUACGGCAAUGAUCAUGUACAGCACGGCGACGGCUGUCUACAGUUUGGCAACGAUCUUUGUUACCCACAUUUGUGGACAAAUUCAGAUACAGAUAGCAAGACUGUAGAAUUUGGUGAAGAGCAAACAGAAGAAAGAUAUCGGUCCUGAUCGUCAUCGUACAUGAUCAUGCGGAAUUCUUAAGGUAGGGAAUACUUUUUGUAACACGAACCGUAUAUAAACGUUAAAGAAGCAAGCGCUU